CGCCAAAUAUUCCCCGAAGCAUCGUGUCAACCCGCCCCAACCCAUAUCUCUUCCCCUCUAUCCCUCUGUUAUCCACCAAAACUCCACGUGUCCUUCUUUGGAGGUACUUUCCGCUCCCACCUUCAGUAGCAACUUCUCCGUCAAAAUUUACAAAAAAAAAAAAAAAAUCCAAAUUACAUCCCGAUUUUCCAUUGAAAAUUUUCUCGAGAAAACUGCGAUUCACCUUUCAGGCUCAUGCAAUACUCCAAAUGACAACUUCAAUACCUAAUCACUUCCUAGCUCUCACGCAACCUUCCAAAAUUUCACUCAACCGGCUGCAGCUCUCUUCCACUCAAAUAUUCAAAGGCGGCAGCCGUAGCUUCCUCUACGGUGGAGCUGGAAUAUCUGGAAUAUGCAGAGCGCAGCCUCGAGAGCUGGUCCUCGGUAAGUCGGCGGUGACGGUAGAAGAAGGAAAGUACAGCUACGACGUUGAAACACUAAUCAACAAGCUAAGCAGCCUCCCGCCACGUGGCAGCAUCGCGAGAUGCCUCGAUGUCUCCCGCAACAGGCUUUCGUUAAACGACUUCGCUUUAGUGUUCAAAGAGUUCGCUCACCGCGGCGAUUGGCAACGAUCCCUUCGACUCUUCAAAUACAUGCAACGCCAGAUCUGGUGUAAGCCAAACGAACACAUUUACACCAUCAUGAUCAGCCUCUUGGGCCGCGAAGGCUUACUCGAGAAAUGCCGCGAAGUGUUCGACGAAAUGCCUAGCCAAGGCGUGAUUCGCAGUGUCUUCUCCUACACGGCGUUGAUUAACGCCUACGGACGGAACGGUGCCUAUGAUGUUUCGCUUGAGUUACUUUAUACAAUGAAGAAAGAUAAAGUUUCCCCGAGUAUUUUAACUUAUAAUACCGUGAUUAAUGCGUGCGCAAGGGGCGGGUUAGAUUGGGAGGGUUUGUUGGGGUUGUUUGCGGAAAUGAGACAUGAAGGAAUACAACCUGAUAUUGUUACUUAUAAUACUUUGCUUAGUGCUUGUGCUAAAAGGGGUUUAGGUAAUGAGGCGGAAAUGGUUUUUAGGACUAUGAACGAAGGGGGGAUUUUGCCAGAUUUAACUACUUAUAGUUAUCUUGUUGAAACAUUUGGGAAGUUAGGUAAGCUGGAGAAGGUUUCGGAGUUACUUAAGGAAAUGGAGUCUGGAGGGAAUUUGCCGGAUAUUACGUCAUAUAACGUGUUGUUAGAGGCUUAUGCUAAGUCAGGGUCAAUUAAGGAAGCCAUGGGUGUGUUUAGACUGAUGCAGGCGGCAGGAUGUGUGCCAAAUGCAGCUACGUAUAGUAUUUUGUUGAAUUUGUAUGGGAGGGAUGGGCGGUAUGAUGAUGUUCGUGAGCUUUUUCUUGAGAUGAAAGCAAGCAAUACGGAGCCGGAUGUAGCUACUUACAAUAUUUUGAUACAGGUUUUUGGAGAGGGUGGGUAUUUUAAGGAGGUGGUGACUUUGUUUCAUGAUAUGGUGGAGGAGAAUGUUGAGCCUAAUAUGAAGACUUAUGAUGGUUUGAUAUUUGCUUGUGGGAAGGGAGGGCUUCAUGAGGAUGCGAAGAAAAUUCUACUUCACAUGAAUGAAAAAGGGAUAGUGCCUAGUUCGAGGGCUUAUACAGGUGUUAUUGAGGCUUAUGGACAGGCAGCAUUAUAUGAGGAAGCUGUAAUUGCCUUUAACACAAUGAAUGAAGUAGAGAGCAAACCAACCAUUGAAACUUACAAUUCGCUGCUUCAGACUUUUGCAAGAGGUGGAUUAUACAAAGAAGCUGAAGUAAUUUUGCCCCGAAUGAAUGAGACUGGUUUUGCAAAGAACAGGGAUUCCUUCAAUGCUUUGAUUGAAGCCUUUAGGCAAGGAGGCCAGUUUGAGGAUGCUAUCAAGGUUUAUGUAGAGAUGGAAAAGGCAAGAUGUGAUCCUGAUGAACAGACCCUUGAAGCAGUUUUAAGUGUGUAUUGCUUUGCGGGUCUGGUUGAUGAGAGCAAUGAGCAAUUCCAGGAAAUCAAAGCUUUAGGAGUGUUUCCCAGUGUCAUGUGCUAUUGCAUGAUGCUGGCUGUCUAUGCAAAGUGUGACAGGUUGGAUGAUGCCUAUAAGUUACUCAAUGAGAUGCUUGCAAAUAAAGUGUCGAAUAUUCAUCAAGUAAUUGGACAGACAAUAAGAGGAGAUUUUGAUGAUGAUGCAAACUGGCGGAUGGUAGAGUAUGUCCUUGACAAACUUAACUCUGAAGGAUGUGGCUUGGGAAUAAGGUUCUAUAAUGCACUUUUAGAAGCACUUUGGUGGCUAGGUCAGAAAGAACGGGCUGCAAGGGUGCUUAAUGAAGCAACAAAGCGAGGGCUAUUCCCAGAACUUUUCCGUAAAAACAAACUUGUAUGGUCUGUGGAUGUGCACAGGAUGUGGGAAGGUGGCACUUAUACGGCAAUGUCAGUUUGGCUCAACAAUAUGCAGAAGAUGUUCUUGAGGGGUGAUGAUCUUCCUCAACUUGCUACUGUUGUUGUAGUACGGGGGCAGAUGGAGAAAAGCUCAAAUGCCCGAGAUAUUCCAGCUGUAAAGGCUGCCUAUGGAUUCCUGCAAGAUAAUAUGUCAUCAUCAUUUUCUUUCCCCGGGUGGAACAAAGGUCGCAUUGUCUGCCAGCGGUCUCAGCUUAAGCGAAUUCUGUCAGCCACAGGCUCAUCUUCAGAUGAGUUCAAAGAGAAUAAUAUAAUUGCUUUAAGUAACUCCCCCAUUCCUUUAAUGGGAAUGAAAUCAUCUGCUAGUGAUGUGGAGUAUAGCCAAUGUGAUAAUGUGAUUUCUGAAACAAAAUUGAGAACAAGAACAGAGCUUAUGGCUGGCACAGUUUAAAUAGAAACACAAAAUCUAUUCAUGAGUUUCCGGAGCUUGGAAUUUGUCCAUAUUUGUUUGCAAUGGAAAAUGAAGCGAUGGUCUUUGCCAAAACAUCAGUCACCAAAUUGCUGAAAAGAAUCAGUCCCGGGGAGAGGGUGGACCUCAGUGGCUAGUGUUGCAAACUGCUUUUUUGUGAAGCGACACAUACCUCAAAUGGGUCUCCAAAUUCUGCAGCUGGAUGAUGAAAGCUUCUGAUCUUUCACGUAAGGCUGUUAUUUUAUUUUCUAUUUUUUCUUGUUAAAUUUACACUAAUGUGUAUUUCAUAUUUUGCAUAAAUUAUUCUUUUGAGAGAAGUUAGAGCGAAGGAGGUGACCAAAAUUUCACGGCAUUUGACAUAAGAUCGAUCAAAAGUUAAAUGUCAAUGAACAUUGGAUAUUGGAGACUGAAUUGAAGAGAAGAAGGAACAAAGGCAGGAAGAAUAGAGGGAAUUUGUCGUUCCUUUUUCUUCUUCAUACAAACUAACAUGAUGUCGGAGAGGGAUUCGUCGGAAAACAUUUUAUUGACCGGCCUCCUUUUGCAAAUUUCUUGCUUAGCCCAGCCCAGGCUACUCUCCAUCAGUCUUUACCUCCGAGCUAGCCCAAUCCACAUCCUGCUCAUCCAGAGCUCAAAAUAAUUGGUUUUUUUUUAUGUGCUAAAUAAUUUUCAAUUUUUGAAAGAUGAUGAAAUCCGAUUGAACCCAUAUGCAUUAGACUAAUUUUUAGGCAUUACAAAUUUACGAAGGACAUAAUAUUUUGAUUAAUCUUGGGUUAAUUAUACAUUUAGUGCUUGAAGUACAUUGAAAUUAUCGAUUUGGUAUUUGAAAAAAAAAAUUGCAAUUAAACACUCAAGCCAUGUUGCACUUUUGAUUAAAGAUGAUAGUUAAAUAUAUUUA